AUGGCCCUCAUAACCAUCUUCACCCCAAACACUCUCCUCCUCAUCCUCCAUCUCUUCCAGCACACAUCAUCUCUGUCCUCUCAUUCUCCCCCCGAUCCACUUGCCUAUCCCAAGUACUCUGUCAGUCUCACUGGAUGGGAUGAUGCCAUCAACAACCACACGGCGACUGCUAUCCUCAAUAAUCUUCAAUCCGAAUCGAAGGAAGAUGCUGUCAGCCUCUUGAACUACAACUCGAUCUCUCAGAACGAUCAGGCCGACCUGAGGCAUACGCUGAUGCGGACAGCCUCUGGCCAAGCAUUUCUUUGUGCACUCCCGCCUAUCCCCUCAUCAGCUUUUCCCAAAAACGCGGCACCAUCCCAAAGUAAAGUGCCCGACCUCCCGAGCGCUGAAACAGAAGAUCUAGAAAGGAAGAAGCAACGUGAAAAAAUCGAGGAAGAAGGUCUCAAAAACGGGUUGAAGUUGAUUUCCUCCUUGAAAGACCGCUGCAUAUACACUAGGCUUGGAUGGUUCACUUAUUCGUUUUGCUACGGUAAAGGGGAGAUCAGGCAAUUCCACGCGAUAAUGGUUCCAGGAUACAAUUAUCCACAAGAAGAUCCCAAUCAAGAUGUAUACGUACUCGGUUUCCAUCUCGAUCACCCCCAAAACCCCCAUCACCAAGCGAGGCUAGAGGGAACCUUACCUGCCCAGUCGGUAUCUGCCGGCGAGGGAGAGCUGACUUCGCUAGGCCGCAAUCGCUUCGCUUCUGGAGGCGGAUCUAUCCUUGGCAGUAUUUCCGAUGUAUUGCGGGAUGAGUCAGUCAUCAAAACCUCUGUCGAAAAGGAAGAAGAAGAAUUUCAGCAGAAGCGUUACCUAGUUCAACGUUGGGAUGGUGGUACGACUUGUGACAUGACUGGCAAGCCUCGCUCCGUAGAAGUUCAAUUUCACUGUUCGACUCUCGGUUCCGAUCAUAUUGCUUUACUUCGGGAGACUAGUAUCUGCGAAUAUCUCUUGGUUAUCCACACCCCUAGAUUAUGCUCUGAACCGUUGUUCCGGGACGGUGGCUCUCAAAAAGGUGUUGGGGCUGGAGAUAUGCCGGAGGAAAAUACAAAAACCGAAGCAACCUCUCCCGAUGGUGCCAAGGGUCCCAGCCCCCCAGGAGAAUCUACCGAAAACCAAGACUCUAGCGCCUCUUCGCACGAAGGGAAACCAGAUGAACCUUCAGAUAACGAGGAACCGGCACCCAGCAAGCUGGAGAUCGACCCAAUCACCGUUUAUUUUGACGCUGAUACCGGAAAGAUGUAUGUGGAUAAGCCGGCUGCUGAAGAGGCUCGUGGUCGUACUUCAUCCCCGACAGCAGACGGCAAACCUCAAGGCACCAAGUCAGAUUCGAAAACCGCAGGGAAAAAAUCGUCUAAUGCUAACGAGGAGUCAAAUGAAUUAGAAGAGAUUGCCAAAGCUCUAAAAGAAUCACUUGGCGCCUUACUAAGAGAUUUACGAGGAGACGACGAAGGUAACGCAGGCCGGAGAUUAAACAACAACCGAGUGCACCCCAAACCGCGAUCGUUAGCCGAGGUGCUAGCCUCUUUCAAGUCUGGCGACUCUCCUCUUGGCGCCAAAUCCAAAGCCAAGAAUCCAAAAGUUGGCGACGGCCAUCCUCCCGUUCAAACGCCCGAAGAUAUCAAAAAGCUUUCGUCUGAAAGUCACUCUAAAUUGGUCGAAAUGUAUCAGCAAAAAUUCAACAUCCAAUCUGCCAAUCAACAACCUCCAACCGACUCCAACCAAAGUCAAGAUCAGGAUUCUGGUAAAAAAGAGGAAACCAAUUAG